CUCUUCCCCACCACAAGCUGGCCUUUCUUCUCCCCCAGACUUCUCUCUUCAUUCCUCAAACCUCCAUCUUCUUUCCUACGAAAAGAUUCCUCGUCAACAAUCGUUUCCCAGCCACCGGCAGUCGAUUCUCACUCCUCUCAAUUGCCAAAUACCAACAACGCGAGCCCGACCCGACCCCCGCAAUGGCCGACCCGAUCGCUGAAGUUGCCAAGAAGCACCCUGCUCCUGAGGGUAUCGUCUACGCAUAUGGUACUGCAGGCUUCCGUACGAAAGCCGAGGUGCUCGACUCCGUGAUGGCUCGAUGCGGACUCAUAGCAGCCCUCCGCUCUCGCGCGCUCGGCGGUAAAUCCAUUGGAGUCAUGAUCACCGCGUCCCACAACCCGCCCGAAGACAACGGUGUGAAGCUCGUCGAACCGCUUGGAAAUAUGUUAGCGGAGGAGUGGGAGGUCCUCAGUACGGAGAUGGCGAACAAGGCAACCCCUGAGGAUGUCUCCGCCUUCUAUCGAGAAAUUGCCGAGAGGUUCAAUAUCAAACUGAGCACUCCAGCACAUGUCGUAAUCGGAAGGGAUACCAGGGCAUCAGGGGCCCGGCUCCUGUCGUGUGUCCUUGAUGGUGUCAAGGCUGCUGGUGCCGAGCCCAAGGACUACGGCUUUUUGACAACCCCUCAGCUCCAUUAUAUGGUACGAUGCCUCAAUACUCAAGACACCUCUGACGCAUACGGCACCCCAACCGAACCGGGCUACUAUGAGAAGUUCUCCGAAGCAUUUAAAAGGGCGCUGGGGGGGAAGAAGAUAUCCGGAAGCUUGACAGUCGACUGUGCCAAUGGUGUUGGUGGACCAAAGUUGACAGAGCUUGUUAAGUAUCUUCCACCGAAAGAUCAGGGACUGGAAAUCUUCGUAGUUAAUGACAACGUUAUCAAGCCCGAGAGUCUGAAUGUCGAGUGCGGCGCCGAUUUCGUCAAAACGAACCAGAGAGCUCCUCCAUCCUCCAAAUCCGGACCAAAUGACCGUUGCUGUUCGCUAGACGGCGACGCCGAUCGGCUCGUAUACUACUUCAAAGACUCGAACAACAUGUUCCACCUUCUCGAUGGCGACCGGAUUGCCACCCUUGUAGCAUCCUUCCUUGGAGACCUCGUCCGCCACUCCGGCCUCUCAGACAUCCUCAAGCUCGGGGUCGUCCAGACGGCCUAUGCUAACGGCGCCGCUACUAAUUACGUCGAGCAGAAUUUGAAGUUGACUGUCGAUUGCACACCCACCGGCGUCAAACAUCUGCACCACGCAGCCGCAAAACUUGACAUUGGUGUCUAUUUUGAAGCAAAUGGACAUGGAACUGUCAUCUUCUCCGCCGCUACACUAGAGGCCAUCGCGAAACACGAACCUCGCUCACCGGCUCAAAAGGAGAGUCUAGACGUCCUCAAAGCCUGCAUAGACCUCAUCAACCAGUCAGUUGGUGACGCCCUUUCGGACAUGCUGCUAGUGGAAGUGGUGCUAGCACACAAGAACUGGGGUCCGCAGGAAUGGCUGGCGACCUACAACGACCUCCCGAACAGGCUCCUGAAAGUUGUGGUCUCGGACCGCAACCAGUUCAAAACUACGGAUGCCGAGCGAAAGCUUGUAAAACCAGACGGCAUCCAGAAGCAGAUCGAUGCGGAGGUGCAAAAGGUCCGCCAAGGCCGGUCCUUCGCGCGGGCUAGCGGCACCGAGGACGCCGUCCGCGUCUAUGCGGAGGCUGCCACAAGGGCCGAAGCUGACGACCUGGCCCGCAAGGUCGCGGAGAUUGUGAAGGCGGCUGGAUCAGCGUAGGGGUGGAGAGGGAUUCCUGCUGGCAAGUAUGCUUAUGAUAUGACGACAUAACGAUCUAGAUAAAAGUUUUUUUUAUUUUAAUACUGUUAGGUCUGUUUUGAUGCGUGUGCUGGUGGUACACGGUUUACUAAGCUGUAGGGGAGAUUCUUGAAUAUUUUAGCUAAUAUUGGACCUGGAGUGCCUUCGACAUGGGGUCUUUUGGAGCCAAAUGAUUGCGGGAGCCUCUAAGUUGGGGUUUCGGUCUAGUGGGGAAGAUGUCGAAUCCUUGCUCCCUUUUUCUAGGUUCCUUUUAACAGAAACAUGUCAAGACACAAUCCACCAGAAUCCACCAUAUUUCCGAG